CACUGAAAAGGUCACUAUAACGACUUGUCAUAAAUUAGAAGAAAAAAAAUAAAUAUAUAACAAACUAAUUUAUGACAUUUAAGUCAAGAUCGUUAAGUUUCGCGUGUCUCCCGAAAAUAAAACGUAAACAAAGUGCCACAUUGUGAAGUUGUUACUGCAAAACCAUAUCAACGGUCCGGUGACUAAAGCUCUGUCCUUUUAGUCCUUCAAAUAUUUAAUAUCCGCCAACCCACACCCGCCUCGAAGAACAGGACGCACAAUAACGAACUGGACACAGCACACAGGACGCCUUACCCUACACACACCACACACACACACCCAACGCACACACAACAUACUCGCAACACACACACACACACGCAAGACAAACCCAACACACACUCAUAUACAAUGUAAACCAAAGGGCUUUGGUUUUUUCAAUAACAUUUUUAUUCAAUUUAUAUUCCUUAAACAUUUUCCAAAAAAAAAAUCCAUAAUCAAAUAGACUCGCGCCUUCAUUAAUAACUUAUUAAUUUAUUUAUUUAACCUUUGUUAAGGAAGUCAAUAAAAAUUGUGUGAUAUUUUCCAUUUUGUUUAGUGAUAGUUCCAAUCGAGAACCUUUUGCACAAUGCAAAUAUGCCAAAUCGUUGAAGCAGCAUAAAGUAAAAAAAAAAAAAAAAACAGAAAAUCCCCAAUACAUAUAUACGCAUAAAUAUAUAUAAUUGCACCCCAAUUAGUUGCAAGUAUUCUUGUUUUUUCUUGUUUAGUUUGAAUUCUAGUUAACUAAAUGAAUUUCCAUUGUGCAACUGAGAAUACUCACAAAAACAACAACAAUCAAAUAAAUACAGCUGCAUUUUUGGCUUUGACUUGAGCUGUUGCUGCGCACGCUUUAGGCCCAGCUAGAAACAAGUAACAAAACAAUAACACACACACACCCAAACUAACACUAACACACACUAGCGAUCAAUGCAAAAAUGUCGCAACCGAACGAACAUGAGACAACACACAUGCAACACAAUCAAAAUACAGACCAUAGCACAGACAACAACCAGCACACCGCAUUCCCCACACCACCCAGCCCAACCAUACCAAAUGAGCUGAAGCAGAGACAGAAACCUGCGCUCUCACCGUUGAAUGUGCGACGACUUUCCACAUAUGCCGCCCACAAUGAUGCCGCCGAAUUUGGGGCUGAUGAUGGUGUCGCGCCGCCGCCAUUGUCCACAACCAUCGAUAUCAAUACGAAUAACAACAAUUACCCUAACACCAACAACAACCACAACAACAACAACAACAGCAAUAACAACAGCUACAAUAAUAACAAUAACACAUCAUCAACGUCCUCACCAUAUGCCACGCCACCAAUAUACCAACAACAAUUGUCAACAAUGACCAACACAACACCGCUAGAUGCGGCCUUGGAUGAUAAAUACAAGUUAUUUACCAUCUACAAUGGAAACGACCCCGACAAUGAGAAGUUGUCCGGCCUUCCACAUUCGACAACUGGUUCACUAAGCUCAAUCAUCACGACGUCCAUAGCAUCCUCCGAACCGGAUCCAGGUGCGGCGGGUGGCGGCGGUGGAGGUGGAGGUGGAGGCGGAGGCGGACAUGGCGGCUUAGGCGCCCUGGCAGCGGAUGCAUCCAGCAUUGCGGGCAUCAACGGCAGCUCCGAGGAGAAGUUGGCACUGAAUCGACCCGGCAUCAAACAAGAGAAAUGGCAAACCAUAUUGCUGCAGGUGUCCAUACCGUUUUUCCUGGCCGGCAUUGGCACUAUCGGAGCGGGCAUUGUGCUUGGACGCGUCGAGAAAUGGUACGUCUUCAAGAAUGUUAGCGAGCUGUUCAUACUGGUGCCGGCGCUGCUUGGCCUAAAGGGUAAUCUGGACAUGUGCCUCGCCUCUCGGCUCUCCACGCAGGUCAAUUUGGGCAAUAUGACAGCGCGUUCGAAUGUGAUACGGAUGAUUGUCGGGAACAUCGCCUUGGUGCAGGUGCAGGCAACAGUUGCCUCCUUUCUGGUUGCCAUGUUUGCCACAAGUGUGGGCGCAGCCAUGACCGGUAACUUUUACUUUGAGAAUGUGAUGCUGUUGACCGCAUCGGCCAUGUUUACGGCGACCUCGUCGUGUUUUGUCCUGGAUUUUGUGCUGGUGGCUGUGAUUUUAUUCUCCCAAAAGUAUCGCCUAAAUCCGGACAACCUGGCCACGCCGCUGGCUGCCUCCAUUGGUGAUGUUGUCUCGAUCAGUUUGCUGUCUUUCAUUGCCUCGCUACUCUAUGAGAAUAUAAAGACCCAUCUGUGGAUCACUUUCGUUGUGGUUACCUGCUAUCUGAUACUGCUGCCCAUGUGGGUCGUCAUUGUGCUGAAGAAUGAGUAUACGCGGCCGGUGUUAAAGAGCGGUUGGGUUCCAGUGCUAUCGGCGCUCUGCAUCAGCGGGCUCGGUGGUCUCGUACUGGAUGCCGCUGUGGAGGUCUUCACUGGUUUUGUGGUCUUCCAGCCGAUUAUUAACGGCAUUGGCGGCAAUCUGGUGUCAGUGCAGGCCAGCAAAAUAUCCACAAUGCUGCAUCAAAGCUCAAUAUUUGGCAUUAUACCACCGCACACAAAGAUCGUCGAGUGGCCGUGGCGAGCACUCUUCAAGGGUGUGCCCUAUGCUAAGACGGCACGUAUUCUCAUCGCCAUGUCCAUACCCGGCAAUGUAUUGUUCAUCUUUGCGGCCGAUUAUAUUAACAUGAGCACGACUACCGUAACGUGGGUAUUUAUGUUAUCCUAUUUGAUCGCCAGUUUGCUACAGGUAAUGAUGCUGCUCUACAUUGCGCACAUCAUUGUGCACGCCAUGUGGAAGUGGAAGAUCGAUCCGGACAAUUCGGCUAUACCAUAUCUGACAGCGCUUGGUGAUCUACUGGGUAGCAGCUUGCUGGCUGUCGCCUGGCUCUUUACGAUGUCGGUGAACAAACAAUACGGCUCCAAUUUGGACACACUGAAUGCGCCCAACUAGCGACAAAGCCAACAUACAUAAUAUAGCUGUGGGGCCGCAUCGUUUUCGAUGGCGCCCAGUUUCUUAGUUAGCACGCAAUAGGAUAAUGCAAAUUGAGAACGAUAUGAAAUUGCAGAUGCAGCAACAUAAUACAAAGAACUGUAAUGUACCUAAAUUCUAACAUAGAAACUGAACGUAUAUACAUGUAAUCAUACACAAAGAUAAACACCAAAACCACACACAUAAUACAACACAAAAAAAAAAAAAAAAGCAA